GUUUCCGACCUUGACAAGCAUGUGUUAGUUUCUGGCGUCAUUCUAUUUCAAGGUUGGGGCUAUUCACAACGUCAUUUCCUAGCUACUGAAUUCUCUGCAUACUCAAGAAAAUGGAACACAGUGAGACAGAUGAUGAUUUCGACACUGUGGAAGCUAGACAACUUGUUACGAAAGCAAAUCGCAAGAAGAAAAAGUCUGGUGGAUUUCAAUCCAUGGGUCUUAGUGCAGCAACUUUCAAAGGUAUUAUGAAAAAAGGUUACAAACUGCCAACACCAAUUCAGAGAAAGACUAUACCACUGAUACUGUCUGGUCGGGAUGUCGUUGCUAUGGCGCGGACAGGAAGUGGAAAGACAGCAGCUUUUCUCGUGCCACUCUUUGAGAAGUUACCAUGCCAUUCAGCUGCUGGCCCUCGUGCGCUUAUCAUGAGUCCAACCAGGGAAUUGGCUAUUCAAACUUUAGAUUUCACAAGAGAGCUUGGUCGUUUCACAUCUUUGAAGGCCACAAUAGUGCUCGGUGGUGACAAAAUGGAAGAACAGUUUUCAGCUUUGCAUCAUUCUCCUGAUAUUAUUAUUGCCACACCUGGACGUUUCUUACACAUCAUAAUGGAAAUGAAUUUGUCUCUCAAAUCUAUUGAGUAUGUCGUUUUCGAUGAAGGUGACAGGCUAUUUGAGCUGGGAUUCGCCGAACAACUUUCGGAAACCCUAAAGCGUUUACCACGUAGUCGGCAGACUUUGAUAUUUUCAGCAACCUUGCCCAAAAAUCUGGUUGAAUUUGCACGUGCUGGACUGGUGGAUCCAGUGCUUAUUCGGUUGGAUUUAAACUCUAAGCUAAGCCAGAAUUUAAAGUUAGCUCAUAUCGCCUGCUUGCCGGAAGAGAAGAAUGCCAUUCUAGUACAUCUGUUGGGUAAAGUGAUAUCCAGUGAUGCUCAGGCUGUUGUAUUUUUUGCCACGAAACAUCAUGUUGAAUUCUUUCAGUUGCUGUUAACUGAUCUUGGCUUCAAGUGUACGUCUAUUCAUUCAGGACUUGAUCCACACGCAAGAAAUCUCUCAUUAAAAAAAUUCCGUUGCGGACAAGUUCGUGUACUUCUUGUUACCGAUGUAGCUGCUAGAGGUGUAGAUAUUCCUCUUUUGGACAAUGUUAUCAACUUCCAUUUCCCUGCCCAACCUAAGCUAUUUUUGCAUAGAGUUGGUCGUGUUGCUCGAGCUGGCCGAAGUGGCAGUGCAUAUUCUUUAGUUGAUCCAGAAGAAUUACCAUAUCUGUUGGACGUAUUUAUGUUUCUGGGCAAAGAAUGGCAAACAUGUCAACCAUCAAACAAUCAUACUGAAUGGGAAAGCGAUUGUGUUGGUCGCACACCAAGAAGCGUGAUUAGCAACCUAGCUACUCGCCUUCAGAAUGUUUGCUCUGAAAAUUCAUCUCUGGAGUCAAUAAAAAAUGUAUGUAUCAAUGCAAUGAAGCGAUUCAUUCAAACUCGUCCAAAUCCUUCUUCAGAAUCUAUUCGACGUGCAAAGGAAUUGAGAGAAGCUCAUUUUUCACUGCCAGUUCAUAAUCUUUUUGAUAAGUCAGCUGAAAAAGAAGAUGCAACUAGCAAUGAAAUAUUAGAUGUAAUUCGGCAUCUUAAAUUACCCACUAUAUUUGAAGCUUUAGGAAAACAUGUGAACCCUCAAGCCUUCGCUACGAUGACAAAGAAACGAAAGCUGCAUGACCAUAUAAUAGCACGUCGCGCUAACCAACGGGCUAUUGGUACAGUCAAUAAUGGGCUCAAAACUUUGAUAGAGAAGAAAGUUUCACUGACAGAUCAAAUUGGUGCAUGUAAUACGAAUAACGAUAUAUCUGAGAAUUUGGAAAACGUAGACUUCUUUGUUCCAUAUUCACGUGGUGAUGAGGCAACAGAAAGUGGAUUAUCCAUCACAGGAACAAAAAAUCAAUUCUCUUUAGAGGCAGCGGCUGCAUCCUUGGAUUUACCCAAUGAUGAAUCACAUCAAAUCAGUGGUAUCAAAGGAUCUCAUAACCGAAAACUGGUUUGGGAUCGUAAACGCAAACGAUAUACUGGAGCAGAUGCUGCUCACGGUAAAGCAAACUUGAAACGUAUUAAAACGGAGAGUGGUGUAUGGAUUCCUGCAUCAUACAAAACAGACAAGUAUGAACAAUGGCUUAAACAGUCUAAAACGGAUAUAAUAGCAGCAGUUAAAUCAACAGAAGAAAUUUCUCCUGCACUGGAAACUCGCACCAAACUUAAAAAAUAUGGUGAUGUGAUUGAAUUCUCCGAUACAGAUGAAACUGAUAAAAAAUCUAAUCACUUUCGUAAAUCAGGAGCAAGAACGAAUAAUCAGAAAAACAAGAAUUUUUCAGAUCCUUUGACACCCAAAUUUACAGUCAUUGGACCACACAAGUGGCGUUAGUUUUUUGAUUUUAUGCUUUCCAUUGUAUAUGUAUUCAUAAAUAGUGAGUAAUCGCCAUUGUGUUAAUUUCGACCAGUGAUUUCGACAAUCAUUCUACCACUGAACAGCUUGCGUAGUUAGAAACCAAACAAGCUGAUCUGUAAAUUUUGUCAGCCAGACCAGAGUGAUCUAAUCACCUGGUGACCGUUUCACCCGUCCGAGGUCGAGGUUAUCAGCUGUGUACCCGGACGAAUUUGGCUCAUAGAGCUGAAUUAGUUGAGAUCAUCUGAAUUCGACUAGCUGACUUGCAUGAAUCGAUAUGCCUAAAAUAAUACAACCAAUUUUGUGAUUUUGACUUUGUGGUUUCCAACGAAAGCAAACCACUCAACUAUGAGAAAGGUUAACAGGGACCGUGCAAUUUUUUGAAUCGCUCGUAAAUUGAUCAUCCAACUUCGAGAGUUACUUUUCAUCUUUUGGUUAAACAUUAUCGACAUACAUUUUUGCAAUUGGUGUUUUGGGACUGUUCUACACCUACUUCUAUUUUAAGGAUUAGGAGCAAAGUGGUGUGAUAUGUUGACCACUUCACUUACUUUGGGAGUUGCGUCAGCUCGAAUGGUGUGGUUACUAACGAGAUUUCAACUGGGACGCAGAAGGACCGUUUGGCAUCAACUUAGGUCAUCUGUAGAGCCGGCGAGAUAUCCAGCUACCUAUAACAGGACGAAUUUACUACACUGCAGUCCAUACGGUCGUGAGACAUGGCCGUUAAAAUUGUGGGACACGAAGCUCUCACAGGGUUUUGAUCAUAGGUGUCUUCGUAACAUUGUUCGCGUUUGGUCGAAUAUCACCGUGUGAGCAGUGUUGAGGUCAGGCGAAGAAUACUAAGCAAGGCAGGUAAGUCGAUUGAUGAGGUUGUGAACCUUCACCGACUGAGAUGGCUUGGACAUGUGUUGUCUGUGUCAAACCACCGUGUACCUCAACGUGCAAUGCUAGGGGAAGUUGGAUUGGUUUGGAACAGAGUUCAGGGUGGCCAGACCAGUCGAUGAAGUUCUUGACUGUUAGUCUGAGGCGUGUGGCGAGAUGUAGACUUCCUGAUUGGAGUCCCUGAGAGGAAAAGAAUCAGUGGUUGGGGACUCUUGGUGACAUUGCUGAAAAUUGGCCACGAUGGCGCAGAUUUAUUCACUCCUUGACAUCUAAAUCUUGAAUAUAUUUGCAAUAACCUUUAUCUUCAAAUUGUUUAUUCUCUGGCAAAACUUUGUCUAUUUUGAUACCACUCCUUUUUUAUCCACAUGUUCUUUGUAUAUGACUGUGAAGUAUGGCAACGUGAGCCGAUGCACCUAUGUGCAAGGUUCUAUGUUGAUUUUGACCUGUUAGUUUAAAUCCAUAUUCUGUCAAGCAUUAGCGCGUAGGCUUAGAUCCAUUCCUUCAAUUGUCUGUAUGAUUGUGAAACGUGACAUCUAAAAGUAAAAGACAUGAGAAGGCUUCUGGUGUUUAACUACCAUUGCCUUCGUAGCACGGGUCAUGUAUCAUGGUGUCAGCAUGUAAAGCAAAAGUCAGGUGUAGAGUUUUUAGAAAGUAUAGGAAGUCAAUUGAUAAUGUCGUGAACCUUCAUUGACUCAGAUGGCUGGGACAUGUGUUACGCUUAUCUAGUCGUGCAAUGUUGGCUGAAGUAGGUUCAGGCUGCGAAAAGGCUCAGUGUGACCAGACUAAGAAAUAGCAUUGCUGGGUGAAACCCUUGACUGUUGGUUCAAAUUAUUUAGGGAGAUCCAGACUAACCAGUUGGGGACCAAGUGACAACAAAAGCCAGUGGUUAGAGACUAGGUGAUAUGGCUUAGAAUCGAUGUGGGUGGUGCAAUCUUCAUCUAAACCACUGUUCUGAAUUCAGCAUUUUUUUUCAAUCUUCCUUCCUUUCUUUUAUUCUUUUCUACCGCUUUUGACCGAUUUCUCUCUCUUUCUUCAUCUCUCAUCUUACUACUGUGUUACUUGUUGUGCUGAUAUGAAGUGUGGCAACUUGUACCGUUACACAGUAAUGUCUGUUGUUAUGUAGAUAUUGACUGAUUGAUUUAAGCUAACAACCGAUAAGUGUACUAAUAAUUGUCGCACUGAUAAGUACUGCCUUAUAACUCCUGCACAUAGGUGUGUGUUAUAAACUGUAAGUCGUACUUGAUGUGUGAAGAUGUAAGAAUAUACUCUGUUCUUCUAGCUAAAGUAAGUAAAGAGGGUUUAAAGCCAAUAAACCAUAGUUGCACAACGUAGCAUAUGAACUUGCCAUCAUAUAGUGAUUUGGGAUUUUUUUUUCUCUUCAUACUAUUUGGUAUUUUGUUUUAUUGAUACUUUUGUUUCAAUCUGAUGGGUAUGAUUAUUACUGUUCUCAGGUUACGUCGACUCUUUUCAAGUAGUAAUCUGAAAGCAAUAUGUAAAAAAUGUAUCAUUUGCAUGCAAUUAGAAAUCAUUACUUGAUUUCCUUUUUAAUUCUUCUUAUAUUAAUAUAGAUGAGCGAGCAGUUGCCCGUCAAAAAGAACGUUCACAGAAUGCUAUAGAAAAACAAAAGAUACGUCAGCCGAAAGGAUCUCGAACAUUUGGUCAACUUAGACGACCUGAACAAAUAUUAAAACAGCGUAAACUACGUGAGAAACAAAAGCAGCGUACUCAGAAAAAUAAGAAUGCCCAUUCCCACAAAAAGCGUAAACACUAAAAGCAUUCAAGCAUAUUCAACGUGUACAGUAUAUGUGAUCUAUUUCAGCAAUAUAUAACUACUCACUGUUGAC